CACCGGAGCAUGCUCUGGGACACACAAGGUCGUGUCUCCGGUCAAAUGCAGCAUCUUCUUACACAUGAGUCGUCUCAGUAAGCGUCACUUGUCCUCCACCUGGUUUGAAGGAAGCGUUGAAGAUGAGGAGGAUGAUGAUGAAGAUUUCCAUAUGGUGGAGGCGCAGGACGGACAGAUGCUGGAAGAUAAGUGCGCCACCUGGGACGUCCCCUGUCUGUUCGGACUCGAUGGAAUCAACUCAAACAACAUGUCUGAGGAGAGCAAAGUGCUGAGUGUCACACAGAUACAGCAGUUGUCCUGCUCAUUCCCCGCUAGAUUAAGGUUGUGUGAGUGGAUGUUAGCGUAUCGUACUCAGAGCCACGGCAGCAGUUUGAGGACAUUGUACAGAACCACCAACCAGCUGGACACCUGCAUGAUCGUCCUCGUUAAAGACACCUACGGACAGGUAUUUGGUGCUGUUUGCUCCGCCCCUCUCAGAGUUAGCUCCACCUACUAUGGCACAGGACAAACCUUUCUGUUCUCCUUUUCUCCACAUCUACAGGUGUACAAAUGGACAGGCCUUAACUCCUACUUCAUUAAAGGAAGCGUGGACUCUCUGCUGUUCGGAGGAGGACUAGGCCAAUUCGGUCUGUGGCUGCACAGUGACCUGGUCCGAGGACGCAGCCAGCGAUGUGAGACCUUCAAUAACGACGUGUUGUCUUCAGAGGAAGAUUUUAUAAUCAGUGAGCUCGAGGUUUGGGCUCUAGUUUGACUGUACAAUUAAUUUUGCAAAGUUCUAACCUGAAAUAAGAAUCAAGAAUCAAGCCCACCUCAGUGUCGGCUUGGGCGUCAGCAUCGGCAUCGGCAUGGGCAUGAGCCUCGCCUCGACCUGAUCGAGGCACAGGAGCACCUUUUACCCUUAUGGAAUCGUCGAUGAUGAGCUUUCACAUCACCACGUGGUCGAGAUCUUAAAUCACAUUUGAGAAAUUGAAUGCGUCUUGAAUACUGAUCUCUGAGGAUCAGCGUGAUUCGCCACUAGAGGGCGCUAGAGCCUUAAAGAGAUGAUGAGAAGAGACAUUAUAAACACUGAGCGUCUCUCUUAACUCAUGUUAAAUCCAAGUCAUAGAGGAAGCAGUAAGAAUCAGUAUCUUAAACACUCACAACAGAAAUUCAAUCUGUAUCUGAUUAAUUAACAGAUUAAUAAUCUGAUGACGUCACAAAUUCAAGGUCACGUGACACCCAGUGAGCUGAAACUUCCUAAUGAGAGUUGAAAUGAUCUUCCCAUAACACACUAAUGGUUUUAAUGGUUUCCAGUACUAAUUUAAACUCUAUAUGGUUUAUUAAAGCCUAUAUGAUAGAUAUCUGUGAAGUACUCGUUAGUGUUUAGUUAUUACUUUUAUUCUGUAGUUGCUCUAAAAUUAAAAAAAAAAAAAAAACAUUCUGUAAAAAUGAGAAUUUUCUUUGCGUCAUUUUGAUUAAUAUUAAGAUUUUUUUUGGUUUGUUUGUUUUUAGUUUACACAAAAAAUUAUGAAUUUAUUAAAUAAAAGCAAUGAGACUUUACUGUUGAGUGCCAAAAUUUAU